UUGGCUGCUAUGUUUCAGAGGCGUGUCCUCGGGUGAACAACAGGUGUACGCACGGGGAAGUGAACGCAAGAAUCUCAAUCUGCGCUUUAUGAGAGUUUGGCGGUGAUAAACGGCUCGUGUGGACGGUAUGACCACACUGACAAAGCGGAACCGGCGCGUGGAGGCUCCAGCGGAGCAGAAUGAGGUCAGAAGAGACCCUGAUGACGAGGAGGAGGAAGACACAGACUCAAAAUCACUGAGACUCACACUGAUGGAGGAGGUCCUGCUGCUGGGAAUCAAAGAUAAAGAGGGCUACACAUCGUUCUGGAAUGACAGCAUCUCAUCGGGGCUGCGGGGUUGUAUGAUGGUGGAGCUCACGCUGCGUGGACGCAUUCAUCUGGAGCCUCAGAGCACACGCAGGAGGAAGCUGCUGGACCGCAGGGUGCUGGUGAAGUCAUCUGCUCCCACCGGUGAUGUUCUGCUGGAUGAAGCUCUUAAAGUCAUGAAAGAAACGGAGCCGGCGGAGAACGUCGCCAACUGGAUUGAACUUCUCACAGGUGAGACCUGGAACCCCUUGAAGAUGCACUUUCAGAUCCGUAACGUUCGGGAGCGUCUGGCUAAGAAUCUGGUGGAGAAAGGAGUUCUGAGCACAGAGAAGCAGAACUUUCUGUUGUUUGAUAUGACCACGCAUCCUGUAACCGACGGCAACGAGAAGACGCGUCUGGUGGAGCGACUGCAGGAGAGUCUUCUGGAGCGCUGGACCAACGAUUCUCGUCGGAUGAAUCACCAAACGCUGGCGCUCAUCGUUCUGGCUCACACGUCAGACGUGCUGGAGAACGCUCUGUCGGCUCUUCCAGACGAGCGCUACGACACCGCCUCCUCUCGUUCCAGGAGUCUGCUGGACGCCGAUCCUGACACGGAGAGUGCCAAGGUCACGACCCUGGUGGAGGAGAUGAUCUGGGCCGUGCUGGCGGCUUUCAAUAAAUCCUGAGGGACCAUCGACCCUGCAGCAGAGACUAAAUCACGUGACCUCACCGCGUCAUGUGUCUGAACUGUCGAUCUGAUUCACAAUCACCACCUGCAUCUUUAAUUCAGUUAUACACACUGUCUUCCGUCAUCCUGACGUCAUGGGGCUUUCUGAUUGGCUUUUAAAUGCCUGAAGUAAGGGCUGUGGUAACAGGAGUAGUUCACUUCGAAAUGAGUCAUUUUUAUUCCUACUGUGGAAAGUCAAUGGCGGCUUAUUUUGAAGUGAACUUCUCCUUUAACAAACUCGAGGGCCCGGUUUCACAGACACUGCCUAGCUUAAAACCGGACUAUGUCUUUGUCUAAUUAAGAUAUUUAUGUCGCUUUUAUAAAAUGCCUUAGAAGAAUACAUUACUGGUGUGCAGACAAAACAAUGGCACUGAUAUAUAUUACAAGACAAGUUAUAUUCAGUUAAAACAUGUCAAUUUUUGUCUGGGACUAGCAUUAAAGUCGGCAUGAAAUUAAAAAUGUCAAUUCAAAUUGAUUUGCACAGUGUUGCGGUGUUCAUUGUAAGUUAUUUAUCUUUUAAAAAAUUCAUUUGCACUUGUAAUCUUUAAUCAAAAAUGUUAAGCUCCUCCCCCCUCAAAAUGACCUCUCUUCACUUCUGGUCAGGAGGGUGGGGCUGCAAUGACUGACAGAGUGCAAAAUGGAUUACAAAUCUGACUCCAUUUUAUUGGUAGCACCCAACUUUCAACGAUCCAAUCAGUACUCGAUGAACGAAAUCAAGCCCCGCCCUACAUUUUUCCUCAUUUCAGAAGUCGUCUCACUCAGAAAUACGUCAGGAUACAGAAGAAACAACAAUCGCUACUUCCAUUUUAUGCCAACUUUAGGCCUUGUCUGUGAAAGCGGGCCAAGAUGUUUUCAUUCUUAAUAACGGCGGUUGCUAACAAGUUGCGACAAAGAACAACAGAAUAAAGUUCAUAAGAGUUGGUGGUGGUGACGUUGAGCGCCUGCUGUAUAGUUCACGUCUAGGCCGAGGUUAGCUUUUUUAUUUCUGCUGAUUGUAUUUAGGCUUGGACUUUCAGAAACGUUGUGUUCAUUUGUGAAGAUAGUCCUGACAGAACGGAAGUGAGUAUCAUAACUUUUCUUGAUCACAGAGCUUUUAUUUUUGCCAUAAUCCAGUUUGCAGCAGACUGACAGUUGAAGGGGAGGAGUUAACGGAUGCUCCGCCCAAGCCGUCUUAACGUCAUUUAAAAUGGAUAGUCUCUAGAGGGCAGAAGUGCAUUUUCAGAUUUAAACUGAAGAUUAUGAGGGCACACAAACUUUAUAAAGAGAAUGACCCACACUGAUAAACUAUAAACGCUUGAUUAUUUCAUGAAAAAUAGGCAUUGUCAUUUUUUAUUUCACAGGGACUUUAAGAAUCUGUUUGACAGAAAAAUGUCUUAAAUCCUGUGUUGUCUAUGUGGACAGCUCACAAAGGUGUGUAACAGAGGGUUCAUAAACGUUGUGUGUGCUUGCGUGCGUUUAUUUAAAUAACUUCAAUGAUUAUUAGAGACACUGGAUUCAAGUUGAUCAAAUGUUCUGUUUGUAUUUCAAAUGAACACUGCUGUUAUAGAGGUUCGUUCUGGGGUAGUUUUUGUCUUUUGUCUUUAGUUGAGUGAUAGAAGCGUCACGGGUUAUUCAGAAAUGUCCUCUGCAGCUGUCAGACGUGUUUCAGACGCUCAGAUGAAUGGAAAUGGGUGCAGUGUUAACAGACGCACGCGUGUUAUAGAAGUGCAGGACCAGUUUGCUUUGUGUCUACAGAGACUUGAAGGAAGGUGGAGAUGAAGUAAAAACAUCCUUUGUUUCAGUCUAAUAAAGGUUCAACCUGAUGUUUUAUGUUGUGUUCAUGUUAAUCUUUAAAGCACUUUUCACAAAUACAAACUAUACGCUCUGUGUUAGUUUCAACCCAGAAUGCACUGGCCUGACCGUUGGGUUGUAAAUGAAUCUAUGCCGGCUCGAUUUUUACUGCAGUAUCUCUCAAUGAGACGGGCUGUGUUUAUUGGCCAAGACAAUUAUCCCAGCAGACUAUUGAUGGGAUUAACAAAAGGGUGUGUGUGUGUGUGUGUGUGUGUGUGCGUGUGUGUGGUCAAAGUUCAGUCUCAAGACAAUGA